ACAUGAAUCCUUUUCUGAUCUUGGCUUUUCUUGGAGCAGCUGUUGCUUUCUCCACUGAUGAUGAUGACAAGAUCGUAGGGGGCUACACCUGUGAGGAAAACAGCCUCCCCUACCAAGUGUCCUUGAAUUCUGGCUACCAUUUCUGUGGUGGCUCCCUAAUCAAUGAUAAAUGGGUGGUGUCAGCUGCUCAUUGCUACAAAUCCCGAAUUCAGGUGAGACUGGGAGAGCAUAACAUAGAGGUCCUUGAGGGAAAUGAACAGUUCAUUGACUCAGAAAAGGUCAUCCGCCACCCAAGCUACAAUAGUCGGACUAUGGAUAAUGACAUCAUGUUGAUCAAACUGAAAACCCCAGCUGUUCUCAACGCUCGUGUGGCUGCCAUCUCCCUCCCUAAGUCCUGUGCACCAGCAGGAACUGAGUGUCUCAUCUCUGGUUGGGGCAACACUGUGAGCUUUGGUGCUGACUACCCAGAUGUUCUUCAGUGUUUAGAGGUUCCCCUUCUGUCUGAAGCCCAAUGCCAAGCCUCCUAUCCUCGUCAGAUCACAGAAAACAUGGUCUGUGCUGGCUACCUAGAAGGUGGCAAGGAUUCCUGCCAGGGUGACUCAGGCGGCCCCGUGGUGUGUAAUGGAGAGCUCCAGGGAGUUGUCUCCUGGGGCUAUGGCUGUGCCCUGAAGAAUAAGCCUGGUGUCUACACCAAAGUCUGCAACUACGUGGACUGGAUUGAGACAACUAUUGCUGCCAACAGCUAAAGGCCACUGACCACUUUUUCUGUCCUUUCCUUUGGUAUUCUGUGUUGGGACAUGAUGCUAA